ACUGGACUUCAAUAAAAAAUACAAAAUAAACACCAAGUGGUGUCUGCAGGUGUGUGUGGUGGUGACUCAGACUCCAGCUUUGGGACAGAAGCAGCCUGAGGCAGCGCAGGCGGAUUGCUACCAGAUAAGUUUGGUGAAUUGAGAACUUCUUCCCAGAAGAAGGAUGGAGAGACACAAACCACUGACGGGUUCUUUUUUCUCUGUGUGCAGAUCUACCUCAGGGUUUCCUGGCCUGACAGCGCAGUCCCUCCACCCCCAGGGCCCCGCCCUGCCCCCAAGUGCUCCAGCUCUCUCCCCCAGGAGCUCUCGGACUUGACCCAUCUUCUGCGCUGGCCUCUGACCCCAGGAGAUGGGGGAGACCUUUCGGCCUCCACCAGCCCCCAGACUUCUACCUACCACCUGAGGCAUCCUGCCCAGACCAGCUACCCACUGGGAGGCUACCUAGAGGCCAUUCUUAUCGCCAGAGACCACCAGGGCAGAUGCAAGAGCCACGGAGGGGAUCUGUUUCGGGCCCAGCUGCUGGGUCCUGACCUGAAGGCAGGGGUCCCCGGAGACGUCAAGGACCUGGAGAAUGGCACAUACCUGCUGACCUUUCCACUGCUCUGGGCAGGGCAGGCCCAGGUGCAGGUGCGGCUGAUCCAUUCCAGCGAGGCAGUUGGGGUUCUCCGGGGGAUCUGGAGAGACCAAUGGGCCACCAUUGAUUUCACGGGCUAUUUCCGGGGACCCACAGGACAUGAGGAAACUGUGACUUGCAAUGUUAACCCCCUGUUGAUUGGGAAGGAGGAGUCCACCUGUCACUACAGGGAUGAAGAUUCGGGGGAGCUCUGGUUCUGCGCUCAACCCCCCACCCUUCCCUGUGACUCACUGGUAGGACAUUCAAGUGGACGCUACUGGAACGUGACCACACCACACGAGGAGGCCCUGCUGGCACGGAAUGUGACAGACAAGGCCCUCCGCCAGGGUAUUUCUCCAAUCUGGGUGGCCAAGGAGAGCAACCAGAGUCUGGUUCUGUCCCCUCAACAACCAUGCCGCCCUGGGAUCCCAGGCCCAAAGCCCUCUGGAUUCUUCCACCAAAACACGUGGCACUCCCUGUCCUGCUCCAGCCGCUCCUUCUCCACUGCUGACAGCAUCCUGGGCUGCCUGGCUGGCCGCAUCAUCCACAUGAUGGGGGACUCCACGCUCCGGCAGUGGUGGGAGUAUCUGUGUGACAUCGUGCCCUCCCUGACGCCGGUGGAUCUACACACCACGCAUCAGACGGGGCCCCUGCUGGCCGUGGACGCCUCGCGGGGCAUCGUGCUGCAGUGGCGCGCACACCGCUGGCCGCUGCGCUCCCUCCGCACACCGGUGGCCUCCCUGCAUUCUGUGGUCCGGGAACUGGGGGGCCUGGCCGGGGGCCCCCAUACCGUGGUGGUGCUGAGCCUGGGCGCUCACUUCACCACCUUCCCUCCGACCAUCUUUGUGCAGCGACUGGCGGGGAUCCGGGCAGCCGUGGCUUCGCUGCUGACCCGGGAGCCCCGCACUCUUGUUGUCAUCAAACUGGCCAACACUGGCUACAAGUCCGUCUACGGCAGCGACUGGUUCACCCUCCAGGUGAACCGGCUCCUCCAAGCCGCCUUUGCAGACCUCCGCGUGGCCUUUGUGGAUGCCUGGGAAAUGACCUCCAGCCUGGCGCUGCCUGACAGCAUCCACCCAGGGAAGCACAUUGUCCGAAGCGAGGUGGAUUUCCUGCUCUCCUAUGUCUGCCCCACCUGAGGGUCCUGCCCAACCUGCGGCUCUGGAUGGAGAAGCAGGUGUGAUGGUCAAGCCUAGGAGCCCUGCCCCUCAGCUGUGUGCAGCCUCCUCUUACCUCCUUCUAACGCACAGGUCCUCAUGUCCACAAGUAAGAACUAGAAUGUGAGUGGUGGCGGGACAGGGAAGCCCGGCGGUCGGCCAGUGCAUCCUAAGAGCUUUCGUCCCCACCUAGAAAAGUUGGCUGAACUGAUGAGCCGUUGGGACAGAGCCAGCAACACCUACUCCAUCCAUGCAUGUGAGGAUUGUGCUCUUGGGUGCUGGGCUCUCUGUUUAGAGUGUCAAGGAGCCCUGCAAAGAUUUAAGCGAUGAAUCCAUUUCAUUUCAUCAGAGCCACCCAAGUGGAAAGCCUGACUCUCUGUAUGAAGACUAUCAUGGACUGAUUUGUAAAAUAAAAAUGUCUUCUAAUUUUAAAAAGCAAAACAUGCUCUUUGUAGAAAGUUGGAAAAAAUACCCCCAAAUGAACAAAGAAGUCUUUGUCAUCCAGAGAAUGAACUGAUAUGCUUCACUGGGGUGAACGAAGAGCCGGAACACAGACUUGCUUUUCGGUGUGAAGAUGUUAGAGCUAAUAAAAAGAUUGGUUAUUUUCCUUACAGGGAAUCCACAGAUGAUGUUUUGAUAACCCUUGUCUCACCAGUGAACCAUACGGCCCCUAUUUACAAAUAGAUAUGGUUGAAAUAUUGGAGAAAUCAUGUUACAGAGAAAUCUCUAUGGUGUACUGACUCCUGUUGCUUGCCUAAGCAUUAAAGCAUAGGUGUUUUAUAACACUGGAGAAAGAAACAAAGAAAAGGAGAAAUGCAAAGGAUACCCCCCCUUUUUUUUGUCUUUUUAGGGCCAUACCUGGGGCAUAUGGAGGUACCCAGGCUAGGGGUCAAAUGGAAGCUGUAGCCCCUGGCCUAUGCCACUGCAAUGCAGGACCUGAGCCGUGUCUGCCACCUGCGGCACAGCUCACCACAAUGCCAGAAGGGAUCCCCCAUUUUUAUAUCCACUUAAUUUCUGCUGUGGAGCUACUGCGUCCAUAUUUCCCUGACGUGAAUCUGACUAAGGAUGAUCAGCGCUGCCUGAGAACCUGUCCUGUGGUGAUUCUAGGCAUUGCCAGGCUUCCAGCGAAUCCUGGGCAAAGCAAAUGAAACCCUGACUACAGAAACGUUUUUAGAAAAUCUGUGUGCAUGGGGUAGCUAGGAAUUUUUCUUCUUGUUAUAUAAAUGGUACAGAAGGGUAGCAUAAACGUGUGGAACCGUUCAUGAAUCACAAAUUAAUUAUAUUAGGGAAAAUUACAUUUUCACAAUCAAGUAUGGUUUCCUUUGCGACUUGCUUAUUUCUGUUCUAAUUAUUAUGUUCCUUCUUUCAGAUCAAUUUGUAAAUACAUCUUUUUAUUUUCUGUAAGAUGAACUUAGUGUGUUACGGAAGUUAUAAUCUAAAUAAAGUCUGCAAG